AUGGCAAUCGUAUUCAUCGCAUUAGCUCUGCUGAUGGUAAGCGUCAGAUCUGAAAAUUCAACGGUAUCAGACAUAGAGUCAGCAGACGCUUGUGAAGCUUUCGGUCCUUGGAGCCAGGCGCUGGAGGACUGGGCCACUGCCCCGCACUCUGACAGGCAUGGACGAAUUAUGGUGCUACCACCCGCAAAAGGCUACUACGUGACCGAGCGCAUUGACACGCCUUAUCUCUCACCCCCUCCACCCCCUCAAACAUCCCACACACCAUCAUCUGGUUAUUAUACAUCCCAUAACCAGGAUCCAAUUCCUAUCCACGAUAGUUACAUGCCCCAAAACCAGGGAUAUGUGCCCCCUAGCCAAAGUAAUACACCCUUUAACCAAAGUCACAUGCCCUCGAACCAAGGUCAUCCAAACCAAAGUCAAUUUUCACAUAAGAAAGGUCUUCCUCCCCCAAAGAAAAGUCAGCCCUACAGUAAUGGACCCUCGCUACCAGCGCCGCAGAGUUACAAGGAGUGGGAGGUGAACUCGCCCCCUGGGGCGGGGAAGAUCGUCAACAAACCACCAAAUCCUUAUAAGGACAAAGUUAAGCCUAAUUACCCCGUGGACCGUGUGGACGACCCACCCCGCAAGCAGGUGUCGGAGACGGACCUGUACCUCCUCAGCGCCAUGGAGAAGCUCGUGUACCGCGCCGACCUCAUGGAGAAGAGGCUGCGGCGGCUGGAGGACAGUCUGUACGAGCUGCUGGCCACGAGGGACAACGACCCUGAGCCGUGCCCGGGCGCCUUCGACCGCGUGCGCUCGCGCUGCUACAGCUGGGGCGCCGCCGCCGACUGGAAAGCUGCUGCUCGUGCUUGCCGGAACCUGCAAGCUUCGCUGGUGGAGCUGCUGGACCACCAGCAGCAGCGCGCUCUGCUGGCAAAGCUGCUGGCGGACAAGGCGCUGAGAGGUAACGACUUCUGGACGGGCGGCUUGAACCCCGGCCUCCUGUGGAUCUGGUCGCACUCGGCGCGGCCCGUCGCCCUCGACAGCAACUCCACCACCACCACCACCACCACCAGCACCAACAACACCACCAGCGACAUCCCGGGCGAGGGCCGCUGCCUGUCGCUGGUGUUCGACCCGGCACGCAACUCCUACUCCCUGCGCGGCAGCGACUGCUCCACACCACUGCGUUACAUCUGCGAAGCGGACGAACAUCGCGACUCGAUCUCCAAUGAAAUACAGCGCGCCGCUCGAGUUUUGCGACAGAGGAGUGGUGGGAGACGCUCCAAGCUGCUCUGGGACCCACCCGGGUCGGACUAGCUCGAUUAUAAUUGACUCAAUCCGCUCCUAUUAGAUUGAU